CAUAUCCUUUACCAAAAUCCAGCUUGCUCCUACCACGCUAGCUAGCUACCCAUGGAGAUCCUAAACCUGCAGCUAUGGAAGUAUAUGUGCUUGGGCUUGAUCCUCAUGUUGGGAGCUUGGUCUUCUCAAGCCACUUCUCGCAGUCUGAAGGAUACAUCAAUGUACGGGAGAUACGAGCAAUGGUUGGCUCGUUAUGGUCGCGUAUAUAACGACAUCAAUGAGAUGGAAACUCGUUUCAAGAUAUUCAAGGAAAAUGUGGCGUUUAUAGAAUUUUCUAAUAAAGAUGCAAACAAACCUUACAAAUUAAGCGUCAAUCAAUUUGCAGACCUUACAAAUGAAGAGUUCAAAACCUCAAGAAAUGGAUUCAAGGGCCAUGAAUGUUCCACGAAGACGACUUCUUUCAAAUAUGAAAAUGUGACUGCUGCUUUGCCAGCAACAAUGGACUGGAGAAAGAAAGGAGCUGUAACCCCCGUUAAGGACCAAGGCCAAUGUGGAUGCUGUUGGGCUUUUUCAGCAGUUGCCGCCACCGAAGGUGUUACACAGCUUACAACUGGUAAAUUGAUCUCUUUGUCUGAGCAAGAGCUCGUUGAUUGUGACACCGCUGGUGAAGACCAAGGUUGUGAGGGUGGCUUAAUGGACGAUGCGUUUCAGUUCAUCCAACAAAAUCACGGGAUUAGCACAGAAACUAAUUACCCCUACAACGGUGUUGAUGGUACAUGUAACACCAAGAAGGAAGCCAUCAUUGCAGCCAAGAUAACUGGCUUUGAGGAUGUGCCUGCAAAUAGUGAAAAGGCCCUUCUAACCGCUGUUGCUCAUCAACCUGUUUCCGUUGCCAUCGAUGCUAGCGGUUCCGACUUCCAAUUCUAUUCAAGUGGUGUCUUCACUGGAACUUGUGGAACGAGUCUUGACCAUGGUGUUACCGCUGUUGGAUAUGGCGUGAGCGAGGAUGGGACUAAGUAUUGGCUAGUGAAGAACUCAUGGGGUGCAGAAUGGGGCGAAGCUGGGUACAUAAGAAUGCAAAGAGAUGUUGCCGCACCUGAAGGACUUUGUGGGAUUGCUAUGUCUGCCUCUUACCCCACAGCUUAGUUAAUUAAAUCAAUGCCUACUAGGUGUUUUCCUUGUAAGUAGUCUGAUAUGUGUAAAAUAUUUAUAAGAUAAUUAUUGGGUAUUUCUCAUCUUAACUUAAUACUCGCUCCCUUGGUGAUCUGGUUUUCAAGAAUUCAUGAUCACACUCUUAGAUUUAUUAAAGAUUAAAAUUAAACACCCAAAGACCACAUUUGUUCUCCAUCUUGGUCACCCGGUGACCGAAAGAACAUAUGAUCCAAGUUGGGAUUGCCCUCCCACUAAUCAAAAGAAUUGCUUUCAAACAUCCAUUCAGGCAGCUGUU